UUAUUCAACAAAAUGUGCCAUAUUCGUUGCUCUUUCCUGAACAGUAGUUACAGAUUUUAGUCUCAAAGUAGAAGGUGAGGAGCCGUAUACUUUUCCAUGUCAAAGUUAAAAUGAUUCCCUUGAGGCACCAUCUUAUGCAUGGUGUUUUAAGUCAAGAUUGUUCAGCUGGCAGAGCUUGGGCUGCAUGCAGCCCAGGAAGGGUUAGUUUGCAGCCACUGAACUUCCACCCUAUCACCACUCCUGCCAUCACUCCAUCUGCAGCAUCAGCAUCAAAAGGCUUUGGGGUCUCCCUCCCUUUGGAUUCUGAUUCCUGCCCCACCCCAGGGCACAGGGCAGAACAGCCCACAAUGCUGGAGAAACCCAUGGCAUGGGGCCCUGGCAUGGUGUGGUGCAGCAGAGCAGUCCACAACCAGGGAGCUGAAAUUGUGCUUGGGGCACCUGUGCCCGCACAUGGUACAGCAGUUGGGCGGGAAGAGCCCAUGUGUUUGGCUCGGGGGGAAGUUCCCAGGUGGCCUGUGGCCUGCAGCACACAGCCUCUAGCUGCUAAGAAGUUGGAGAGCUUUGUUUCAGGUCAUUAUCUGAGUUCAUUAUCCGUUAAAAUGGUUAGUACCUAACUGAGGCACGUUGUAAGUAUAUUAGUUAAUGUUUUGCAAAUAUGGAGAACUAGUAAGUGUUAAGUACUCCUGAAAUGUGACAAAGCAGAAUAUACUGUAGUCAUUAGUAAGGAAUAUAGCAUGUCAUACCAGGUCAUAGUAAGAAAUAAUUGCAUCUUAUUUUGAAAGGAUAUUCUAUUGAGAACUAUCAGACAGUGAUUUCUUCUGGUCUUGAUAAACUAGCAAAAAAGCAAUGACUUCAUAAUAGUAUUAGGUACUGGUGUUAUGUGCAGGAAAAUUGACUGUGCAAUUUCAUUAUCAGUUAGUUAUUUAUAGAAAGCAGUGGGUUUCUGCCGAAACACUUGCAGGUUCUGUGGAAAGUCAUGUAUGCAAUAUUGAACUGACAAAUUUGAGUAUCACGCUUCCUUUUGUUUUAUAAAUAGAGAAAAUCUAUAAAUUGUAACUUCAAAAAAUAUUAAUGGAAGUCAGGAAAGGUCUGUUAGGUGGUCCAGGCCAUCCUCUUUCCAGUGAAGGAUUGUUCUGUGCAGCAUGUGUCUCGGUGUGUUGUCAAGCCUGCGUGGGUGGGUCUUAAGCAGUAUGCGCACGGUCGACACAGUUUUCCUUUAAGAACGUGCUACUAGGUUCAAAACUACACUGCAUACCCAAUGGCUAAAAGCUAGCAAGGCACAUUCGGGACCAUGAUGGCUCAGUUUAACACAGCCAUGAAUGGAGGGCCAAACAUGUGGGCUAUCACAUCUGAGGAGCGGGCGAAGCAUGACAAGCAGUUUGAUAGCCUUAAACCCACAGGAGGAUACAUUACAGGUGAACAAGCACGCACCUUUUUCUUACAGUCAGGUCUACCAGCUUCUGUCCUGGCUGAAAUAUGGGCUCUAUCAGACCUGAACAAGGAUGGGAAGAUGGAUCAACAGGAAUUCUCCAUAGCCAUGAAACUAAUCAAACUAAAAUUACAAGGACAGCACCUCCCAAUGGUCCUCCCUCCUAUCAUGAAACAGCCUCCAGUAGUAUUCUCUCCAUUAAUUUCUGCUCGCUUUGGAAUGGGUAGUAUGCCAAACCUGUCCAUCCCAACAUCUGUGCCUACAGUUGCACCUUUAACUCCCAUGUCAUCCCUGGCUUCGGUGACUUCAGUUCCUCCUUUGGUUAUCUCUGCUCCCCUGGUGCCUUCUGUUAGUACAUCAUCAUUGCCAAAUGGAACAUCUGGUCUCCUUCAGCCUUUAUCUCUGCCUUUCUCUUCAGCAUUGCCUCAUACUGGCUCCUUGAGUCCCAUGACAGGAGGGUUUGGUGGUACUAACAUUCAAAAGGCACAGUCUCUGAUCGAUUUAGGAUCUAGCAGUUCAAAUUCUUCCUCUACUACUUCACUAACUGGGAGUUCACCCAAGACUGGAUCCUCAGACUGGGCUGUUCCUCAGGCCUCCAGAUUAAAAUAUAGACAAAAAUUUAACAGUCUCGAUAAGGGCAUGAGUGGAUAUCUAUCAGGUUUCCAAGCAAAAAAUGCCCUUCUUCAGUCUAAUCUUUCCCAGACUCAGCUGGCUACAAUUUGGACACUUGCUGAUAUUGAUGGUGAUGGACAGCUGAGGGCUGAUGAGUUUGUGUUAGCCAUGCAUCUUACUGAUAUGGCCAAAGCUGGAAAACCUCUGCCACUGACACUUCCCCCGGAAUUGGUACCUCCUUCUUUCAGAGGUGGAAAGUAUGCUGAAAAUAUUAAUGGAGUACUGCAAUCUUACCAGCAAACACAAGAAGAAGAGCCCCAGAAAAAACAGCCAGUUACAUUUGAGGACAAGAGGAAAGCAAACUAUGAGAGAGGAAACAUGGAACUGGAAAAACGCCGUCAGAUCCUGCUGGAACAGCAGCAGAGAGAGGCAGAGCGUAAGGCCCAGAAAGAAAGAGAAGAGCAGGAACGAAGAGAGAGGGAACGGCAGGAACAGGAGCGAAAAAAGCAGCUUGAACUGGAAAGGCAGUUGGAGAAACAACGAGAGCUGGAAAGACAGAGGGAGGAAGAGAGGAGGAAAGAAAUAGAAAGACGGGAGGCAGCAAAACAGGAACUUGAGCGCCAGCGGCGACUAGAAUGGGAGAGAAUUCGGCGCCAAGAUCUUCUUAAUCAACGAAAUCGGGAACAAGAAGAAAUUGUCAAGUUAACUGCUAGGAAGAAGAGCCUUAAUCUUGAAUUAGAAGCCCUGACUGACAAGCAUCAGCAGAUCUCAGGCAGACUGCAGGAUGUGCGAAGCAGAAAACAAAUCCGGAAAAGUGAGCUGGAAGCUCUAGAUAAGAAAUAUGACUUGGGAAUUAUGGAAAUCAAACAGCUGCAACAACAGCUUCAGGAAUAUCAGAAUAAGCUAAUCCAUUUAGUUCCUGAAAAACAGUUGUUAAAUGAGAGAAUUAAAAAUGUGCAGCUGGACAACUCUAAUAGUCCAGGAAUCAAUUCUGUAUACAAGAAAUCCUUAGAAAAGGAAGAAUUGUGCCAAAGACUUCGGGAACAACUAGAUGCCCUAGAAAAAGAAACUGCUUCCAAACUCUCUGAAAUGGAUACAUUUAAUAGUCACCUUAAGGAACUAAGAGAAAGCUACAGCACACAGCAGUUAGCUCUUGAGCAGCUCCACAAAAUAAAACAAGAUAAAAUAAGAGAGGUAGAAAAAAAAAGAGCUGAGCUGGCACAGAAAAAGCGACUGGAGGAUGAGGCUGCAAGGAAAGCAAAACGGGAGAAGGAGAACCAAUGGCAGGAAAAUAUCCGAAAGGAAGAAGAAGAGAAAAAAAAGCGACUACAUGAAGAGCGAAUACAGGAAAAAAUUCAAGAAGAAAGGCUAAAAGCAGAAGAGGUAGCUGCUCAGAUGAGAGAGAGAGAGUCCCAACAGCAAAAGCACAAGGAGGAAGAGAGGAAAAAGCAAGCUGAAACUCUGAGAGAAACAGAGCAACAAAGGCAGAGACAACUAGAAGACGACCGAAAAAAGCAAGAACAGAUUGCAAGACAAGCUGAGGAGCGGCGUAAACAGCAUGAAGAAGUAAAGAAAAGAAAAGACACGACCAAUAUGCAAGAGUCAGAGAAACAAGCUUCUAAAUUAAACUUAAAUGAGAAAUUGGCAGGUUUAUUGAAACAAACAGAUGGUCGGAAUCUUAAGCCACCAGGGAAAAAUGAAGGCAAUGCUGUUAGUACCUCAGAAUCUAGGAAUUCAGUUGCCUUGGUAAAUUACAGAGCUUUAUACCCAUUUGAAGCAAGGAAUCACGAUGAGAUGAGCUUUAAUUCAGGAGAUGUAAUUCAGGUUGAUGAAAAAACCACAGGAGAGCCUGGUUGGCUUUAUGGAAGCAUUCAAGGACGUUUUGGCUGGUUUCCUUGCAACUAUGUAGAAAAAAUACUAGAAGGGGAAAAAGCUUUAUCUCCUAAGAAGGCCUUACUUCCUCCUACAGUAUCUUUAUCUACUACCUCAGCUCCUGCAGAACCACUUUCACCCAAUAAAUCAGGAGAAGAAUCUGAUUACCAAAACGUAUCUUUUUCAAGCCUAAAUGUUAACACAACCUGGCAGAAGAAAUCCGCUUUUACUCGUACUGUAUCCCCAGGAUCUGUUUCGCCCAUUCAUGGACAGGGACAAGCUGUAGAGAACUUAAAAGCACAGGCACUUUGCUCUUGGACUGCAAAAAAAGAAAACCACUUGAACUUUUCCAAAAAUGAUAUCAUCACUGUGUUGGAACAGCAAGAAAACUGGUGGUUUGGAGAGGUACAUGGAGGAAGGGGCUGGUUUCCUAAAUCCUAUGUCAAGCUCUUACCUGGAAAUGAAAGCAAACGAGAGGAACCAGAAGCAGUUUAUGCAUCUGUAAAAAAGAAACAUAACAUGCCAUCUUAUACACCUGGAGAGGAGUAUGUAGCACUGUAUUCUUAUUCAAGCUCCGAACUUGGUGAUUUGACUUUCACUGAAGGUGAUGAAAUAUUAGUGACACAGAAAGAUGGGGAAUGGUGGACAGGAAGCAUUGAUGACAGAACUGGAAUCUUUCCCUCAAACUAUGUCAGACCAAAGGAUCAAGACGGUUCUGGUGCUGCUGGAAAAACUGGGACCGUAAACAGGAAACCUGAGAUUGCUCAGGUUACUACAGCCUACACUGCAUCUGGGACAGAACAGCUUAGUCUGGCUCCAGGACAGCUGAUACUCAUUUUGAAGAAAAAUGCUAGUGGAUGGUGGCAAGGAGAGCUGCAGGCAAGAGGAAAAAAGCGACAGAAGGGGUGGUUUCCUGCCAGCCAUGUGAAAUUAUUGGGUCCAAGCAGUGAGAAAACCACUCCUACUGCUGCCUCAGUGUGUCAAGUAAUAGCAAUGUACGAUUACUUGGCAAAUAAUGAAGAUGAGCUCAGUUUCUCCAAAGGGCAGUUUAUUAAUGUACUGAGCAAAGAUGAUGCUGAUUGGUGGCAAGGGGAACUCAAUGGCAUGACAGGUCUCUUUCCUUCCAACUACGUGAAGAUGACCACGGACUCAGACCCGAGUCAGCAGUGGUGUGCUGAUCUCCAAAGCCUUGACACUAUGCAGCCAAUGGAAAGGAAAAGACAGGGCUACAUCCAUGAGUUCAUCCAGACGGAAGAGCGAUACAUGGAUGAUCUUCAGCUGGUCUUAGAGGUUUUCCAGAAACCCAUGGCUGAAUCAGGCUGUCUCACAGAAGGAGAAAUGGGACUGAUCUUUGUUAACUGGAAGGAGCUCAUCAUGUCAAAUACAAAGCUAUUGAAAGCCCUGCGUGUGCGUAAGAAGACAGGAGGAGAAAAAAUGCCCGUGCAGAUGAUUGGGGACAUCCUACCAGCUGAGCUCUCUCACAUGCAAGCCUACAUUAGGUUCUGUAGCUGUCAGCUCAGUGGAGCAACAUUGCUGCAACAGAGGACAGAUGAAGAUACGGAGUUCAAAGACUUUUUAAAGAAACUAGCCUCGGACCCUCGCUGUAAAGGGAUGCCACUUUCCAGCUUCCUGCUGAAACCCAUGCAGAGAAUAACCCGCUACCCCCUGCUCAUCAAGAAUAUUCUGGAGAACACCCCCGAAAAUCAUCCUGAUCACAGCAACCUGAAGCUGGCCCUGGAGCGUGCUGAGGAGCUGUGCUCUCAAGUGAAUGAAGGGGUGCGUGAGAAAGAGAACUCAGACAGACUGGAGUGGAUACAGUCGCACGUGCAGUGUGAAGGACUUGCUGAGCAACCGAUUUUCAACUCCCUCACAAACUGCCUGGGCCCACGAAAGCUCCUGCACAGCGGCAAGCUCUACAAGGCAAAGAGCAGCAAGGAGCUCUAUGGCUUCCUCUUCAACGACUUCCUCCUUCUAACGUACAUGGUCAAGCAGUUUGUUUCCUCGGGGUCGGAUAAACUCUUCAGCCCCAAAUCCAACUCUCAGUUCAAAAUGUACAAGAUGCCUGUUUUCCUUAACGAAGUCCUUGUGAAAUUGCCAACUGACCCUUCCAGCGAUGAACCUGUUUUCCACAUAUCCCACAUCGACAGAGUUUACACACUAAAAACAGACAACAUUAAUGAGAGGACUGCCUGGGUCCAGAAAAUCAAAGCUGCAUCGGAGCAUUACAUCGAGACAGAGAAAAAGAAGCGGGAGAAAGCGUAUCAAGCCCGCUCCCAGAAGACCUCUGGAAUAGGACGCUUGAUGGUGCACGUGAUUGAAGCAACAGAACUAAAAGCCUGUAAACCCAACGGGAAGAGCAAUCCGUAUUGUGAGAUCAGCAUGGGGUCUCAAAGCUAUACCACUCGGACGCUGCAGGACACUUUGAACCCCAAAUGGAACUUUAACUGCCAGUUCUUCAUUAAGGACCUGUACCAGGAUGUCCUGUGCAUCACCAUGUUUGACAGGGAUCAGUUCUCACCUGACGAUUUUUUGGGUCGCACUGAAAUUCCAGUGGCAAAAAUCAGAACAGAACAGGAGAGCAAGGGACCUUCAACAAAACACUUGCUGCUGCACGAGGUCCCAACUGGGGAAGUCUGGGUCCGCUUUGACCUGCAGCUCUUUGACCAGAAGACACUCCUUUAAAGAAAUGUGUUUCAUCAUA